AUGGAGCGCGGCGCGGCGGCGCUGAUUCGCGAGGGCUGGUUCCGCGAGACGUGCCGGCUGUGGCCGGGCCAGGCCAUGUCGCUGCAGGUGGAGGAGCUCCUGCACCACCAGCGCUCCCGCUACCAGGAGAUCCUCGUCUUCCGCAGCACCACCUACGGCAACGUCCUCGUCUUGGACGGGGUGAUCCAAUGCACGGAGCGGGAUGAGUUCUCGUACCAGGAGAUGAUCGCCAACCUGCCGCUCUGUAGCCAUCCCGACCCCCGCAAGGUGCUCAUCAUCGGCGGCGGCGACGGCGGAGUGCUGCGCGAGGUGGUGAAGCACCCCACCGUGGAGUCCGUGGUGCAGUGCGAGAUCGAUGAGGAUGUGAUCCAGGUAUCUAAGAAAUAUCUCCCUGGGAUGGCAGUGGGGUAUUCCAGUGCUAAACUGACCCUGCACGUCGGAGAUGGUUUUGAGUUCAUGAAACAGAAUCAGGAAGCCUUUGAUGUGAUUAUCACGGACUCAUCUGACCCCAUGGGUCCUGCAGAAAGCUUAUUCAAAGAAUCCUACUACCAGCUGAUGAAGACAGCACUGCGCGAAGAUGGGAUUCUCUGCUGCCAAGGUGAGUGCCAGUGGCUGCACCUGGAUCUCAUUAAGGAGAUGCGUCAGUUCUGCAAGUCUCUGUUCCCUGUUGUGGAAUACGCCUAUUGCACCAUCCCUACGUACCCCAGCGGGCAGAUUGGCUUCAUGCUCUGCAGCAAGAACCCAAACACAAAUUUCCGAGAGCCUGUGCAGCAACUCUCACAGCAACAAGUAGAGGAGAGGAGUCUGAAAUACUACAACUCUGACAUUCACCGGGCAGCUUUCAUCCUGCCUGAGUUUGCACGGAAGGCCCUGAGUGAUGUGUGAGACCCAGAAGCUACUUCCUCCUUUCGAGUUGGACCCUGAGAUCAUCAGUGAUGUGGGGACCUUCCUAGCAGACUACAGAUUUGCUCUCCACUGUGUGGGAUCGUUUAACCCCUUGCCAGCCAACAUUCCCUUUGAUGUGUCAUAACCCAGAUAAGACUAUUGAAAAGGUCCAGUGACUUAUUGCGUGAGGUCAAAACUGUUGUUUGCAGUACUGGAAAUGUAAGAUGUCUUCUUCCUUCCUCUCCUCCCUUUACCCAUUCUAAAUUUGCCUCCACCCAACUGACAACGAUAUAUUUAUAACUGACGUGUAUUUCUGUCUGGUGAUCUUCUGAAACUUGGGAAGAGUCCAGGAGGUUCACUGACUCGGCCUUAAGCACAGAGAGCGAGAGCUUUGUGCACAGAGUUAGCUUGCUCUCUCCUAAUAGAAGCUCCCUGCUGCUGAGACAUUUUGACUGGUAACGGGUCUGAGCCUUCACAUCCCACUGCCCUGCUGUGAUGCCUGUGCUGUUCUGCAGCACAGCUGGAGAAAUCACAGUGCAAACUGUUGCCAUUCACAAUAAGUCUCCCUCCAACCCUGAUGGAGUAGCAGUAUUAAACGCCAGCAUGCCAGGCUGGCAGCAAAGUCUUGUGGCUUUUAUUUUAAUUUUUUUUUCAAUUGGUUGGAAACAGAAAUGCUGAGGUUCUGACAGGCUGACUCCUGUUCUUACCCCUGCCAUCAAAAUGGUUCCAAAGAAUGUUUAUCAAUCAGGUGAUAGGCGCUUUAUAUAUAAAAAUAUAAAUAUAAAUAUAUAUAUAAAAAAAAUCAAACCUUAGAUCCAUUGCCUGCUGUUCAGUACUGAUGCUGGGGAGGCAGUUGUGCUGAUAAAUCUCAUCUCAGUCUUGCUGAGGUGCCUCAGGCCUGGGUAUUUGCCAGUCGUUAGGAGGCAUCGUUACUUCUAAUGCUGCCCCCAGAAGUGUAAAGCUGUUUUUCAUUUUACUGUGUUGUGAGAUGGAUUUUCCUCCACAUCUACUUCUGGGUUAAAGUCUCCGUGCCACCGCUGUGCAACAGGGAUCCGUUCCAGCACAACCACUGUGCAAUUGUCACUCCCUUGCAAUCAAUUAAACACUCGGCUCUGGUUAAGGUGA